AAAUCCACGGCCAGCGUCUGAGCCACUGCUGCAGACAGAUGUGACUGACCAAGGUUCUCAUUUCAGCCUGGAGUGAGUGAAGCAGAGGUGUUGGAUUUUCAGCAAGAAGAAGCUCCUGGUCUCUGCUGCCUCCCUCCCCCAUCCUCCUCCUCUCUCCCUCGCUCUCUCUCUCCAGCUCCACACCCAAGGAAACCUUCCUGGAGUCGCCGACUCUCACUCCGCUCCUCCCUUAUUCCAUCCCAGCGGUUUUGCCAGAGUAAGAAUCCGUCACGUCUGAGGUGGAGAUGCUCGCCUGACUUCUCUUGUUUCCAAUCCUGUAGUUUUUUUUUGGGUGGAUGCUUCCCUCUGUUUGAGGCUCUGCUACCUGUGGAGGUUCCCCGGUCUGCCAGUCCCACAGAGAGGCACCAUGCUGGGAUUGGACGUGUGUGAGUUUGGGGGUCAAGUGCUGGAGCUGCUGUGGCUGACCGUGUGCUACAGAGGUUUGAUGUUGGACAAGAAGGAUCUUCACCUGGAGGAGGGCGACGAAGAGAGACGCCUCAACUACAAUCCACCGGCCCAGAAGUCGCUGCAGGAGAUUCAGGACAUGGACAAAGAAGACGAGAGUUUGGUAAAAUACAAGCAGACGCUGCUGGGGAUGCAGGCUCCAAUGACAGACUCGUCCGUGCCAAACAUCCAGGUGACCCGGAUGACUCUGCUGUGUGACGAUGCUCCUGGAGAGAACACCAUGGACCUGACAGGUGACCUCAGCGCUCAGGAGCCAACGUUCGUCCUGAAGGAAGGCUCCACUUUCAAACUAAAGAUUCACUUCAAGGUGAACAGAGAAAUCGUUGCCGGCUUGAAGUACUAUCAUGCGGCCUCCAGAAAAGGCAUCAAUGUGGACCGGGCCUCAUACAUGGUCGGAAGCUAUGGCCCGCGGGCAGACGAGUACGAGUUUGUGUCCCCCGCCGACGAGGCGCCGAAGGGGAUCAUCUCCCGGGGAACCUAUCAGUUCAACUCCAAGUUCAUUGACGACGACAAGAAUCUUCACUUGACCUGGACCUGGAAUAUUGACGUCAAGAAGGACUGGGAUUAGAUGGAAAUGUGGCUCCACCUCCUCCUCAGUCCAUCCUCUGAUGAUAGAUCUCAUGGUACAGAGAAGAAGUCUCGUCCUCCUCCCUCUCAUCUCAGUCUCCUCCUCCAACUUUUUAACCCUUCAUCAUCCCUCUCUUUCUUAAUACUCCUCUUUGAUAAAGACCCUCUCAUCACCUCUUUGCUCCACAUGUCCUCAGUUCCAACCACCAUCAGGGGAUAAUCCUACUGUGGGAGUAGCAUCUACUGUAAGGUAGAAAAGGCCCUGUAUUAUAUGCCUCCUGACACUUCUGCAGCAACAUGAAGAAGGAGGGCUGUUCUCUGCUUUAACAGAGCCGCUGAUGUCACACAGAGGCUGUUACGAUAGCAGCCAUUAUCACUAUCAGUAGCCAAAUAGCACCAUUGUUACGAACAGUUCACCUGCUUCAAACAUGUUGACCGUUUGACAGCGGCGCUGGAAAUUUUAAAUUGCAUUUUGAUAUUGAUUUAUGUGCUGAUAGGUCUGAAACGUUUUGCUACCAUUAGGAUGAGCUGGCAUUUAAGGGUUAAACCGAAGACCUGUCCUACUUAAAAUAACAUUUAAAGUAAUAUGCGAUAGCUUCAACGCCUACUGCGAGCAUUUUAAUGAGAGUUAUGAACUAAAGUCCGAGCCUCAAACUUGCGGCUGCUUUUUCAAAGUCUCACUUGACUUUAACUCUUUCAGGAGAGGCUUCUUAGCUCGACAAUCACAACACUAGGUCCACACUGCUGGUCCUGCUGAAGGUGUGAAGCACAGCAGGGGGCAAGGAAGAGAGCACACCUGAAGAAUCAAACUGGAGUUCAUCCAGCCGUGACACGGCACCUUAACAAACGUAACGCAGCUGCAUAGGUGAAUAUACAAAUAAGAUUAUUACCUAACAAUAGCUGGCCUCUUUGGAGUUUUGAUGGACAGGAGGGAUGAAUUAUUAUUUUGAUGUCCACAUUUAAGUCAGGGGAGGACCAUCAUGGCAUUGUAAAGUAACGUUAUCUUCUUCAGAGCACCAGGUUUCUUUGGGACUGGCGGAACAAUGUAUCAUAGGAAGACAUGCAUGUGUGUCGCUCACUGUGGGAUGACAGCCACGCUCAUAUCUCAAGAUGUCAACACUGAAGACGGACGUUCUGUCAGAAACUCAUUACCAUGUCGGAUAUAAGGUGUCGUCGUUGUCGCUGAGCAUAUUAAACAAGUUGUUGUGAUUGAGACGUCCAUGUCGGCUUGUUGGGUGUUGCAUGGUUUAGCAAAGAUUCCUUUUUUACGACUUUACUGUCAAGAUACAUACAAGUGACGGAAAUAAAGAUUGUGACCAUGAGACGGACGCCGGUGUGAGUCCAGCGCAGCGUCCUGUAGCUUUUAAUAAAGAAUAAUAAAUGACAUUUUGAUCGCAUUUGUCUUUAAAGAGGAAGCCCGCAAAUGUGAGUCACAUCAAUAAAGAAUGUUCUUUCUCUUCCAAAGAUCCACUUUCUUACUGAAGAUAAUCCCCUGGAGUCCUCUUAGGUUUACGGGUGGAGAUAAUCCGGGAGGUGGUGACCUGGAGGGUCAAGGAUCAGAAUCAAUAAUCUUAAUCUCUGUGUGAAAGAUUGGAACCUAACACAAUCUCAAAGGCUGUAAUGAGUGUGACUUGGUGGGACAAGUCAAAAUGGCUUAGACAGUGCAAGAUUAAACCUUAUUCUAUCUCCAAAAUUUGGUCGCAACAGGAUUUGAAUUUGAAGAAGCUUAAGCCUCUUUGUGGCCUGUCAGCAUGGCGUCAUCUCAGGUUGAAGGCCUCCUGUCAAGUGAAACAUUUAUAAAAUCUGAGUCCGAAAUGCUCACUCUUCCAUUCAAAUUGUUAAUUAAAGU